GGUUCAACCGGUUCCCAUUCCUUUUUGCUCAGACCGUGUUGGCUCUCCGAAAAUUGGUGCGCUACGUCCAUGUGUCAUGGCUUACGGAGUCCGAGAUCCAUUUCUUGAAGGGCCUGGGCCUGGGCCAUGUGGGCCAAACCCACCGCCAGUGAUGGAGCCCUGUCUGAGGGCCAUCAUAUACUCCGUUCAGCAUCAUCUCUGUAGUCAAUCGGUGUUUUUUGCAGAUCGUAUGCUCAAUGCUGCUUCUCUUGAUGCUUUUGGGACAAAUUCGCCCGCUGCAGUUGCACUGGAACUGUGGGCAGAUGCCUUGCUUCGUGCAGGAGAGUAUGAGCAGGUCAGAUGGCAACUGCGAGGGAAGAAUUUGAGUCCCAGACUGCAGUACCUCUUAGCAGUCGCUUGUAUCAAAUUGGAACAGUUCCAAGAGGCUCAAGUGGCUUUGCUGGGAGGCGAUUUGGAUCUGGUGGAGUUAUGGUGCCAUGGACAUUUGUCAAGCCUUGACCAUGUGGUUGAGGGGGCAGCUGGUCUGUACCAAUUGGGACAGGUAGCUGAAGGCUUGAGGAAAAGAGAACAAGCCUACGAAUGUUAUGCCAGAUGUCUCAAGCUUUGUCCGUUCAUGUGGUGUGCGUUUGAGCGCCUCAGCUGGUUGAGUUUGUGUUUGCGCAACAAGACUCCCAGCCAGAACCCACGUGAAUUUGCUGCUGGAGUGUUCGAGCAUGACAAGUUGAUGAAAAAUGACAUUCUCUUCCCUAGCGAAAUUUGCAAAACCGUCACUCCGUCGGAGAAGUGCGGUUUCCGGACACCCCGGAAGAGGCGGAGAAGUGGGAGCCUACACAGCAUGCCCAGCGCGCACAGCGCAAAAUCACUGAGUCCAUUUGGACCGAGAUUCUCACCGCGACUGCCACUUUUGGACAGAAACCCUGUAACUCCUGUGAGAACAUGGAGCCCCUCCAAGGUCCGCGGGGUGUUUUCUCCACAAAGUUUGGCAUCGCCCAAGUCCCCCAAGAAGUGCCAUCGCUACACACCCGGGUUGCCUGGCGCAGUGCCGACUGAAGAGCCCAACCAGACACACAUUGUGCAUCCCAUCGAUUCCAUCGAUUCCAUCGAUUCCAUCGAUUCCAUGCAUCGCCUGAGAAACACAGUGUGUAACGUGUGCAACACAGUGCGCUCAGUGCGCUCAGACACAGGAUGCUCAGUGUGCAACGCAGGAUGUCGCCGAGGCAAAGGUGGAGACGAAAACGGCGAUAGCCUUCGCAGCUUCAGUACGUUGUUGCAAGGUCUUGGUGAAGCACUCCAUUCGUUACAUCGUUUCAGAUGUCAAGAGGCCAUCGAUGCGGUGAAAACUCUUCAUCUCAAUGAACAACGCUCAGCAUUUUGUGAAGACCUGGUGGCGCGUUGCCAUUUUGAGAUGCAAAACUAUGAGGAAACCGUGCGGAGUUACGGCCGAUGCUGCGUACAGCACCGUUUCUUCCGAUCGUUUGGCUUCGAAUAUUUCUCGACGGCUUUGUGGCAGUUGGGAGAUCGAUUGGAACUGGGGAACUUGUCCAGGCAGGUCUUGGAGUGGGGUCGCAGUAGGCCGCGAGCCUGGUGUGUCUUGGGCAACUGCUUCAGCUUGAACAACGAAGCUGAAGAGGCCAUCAAGUUCUUCAAGCGUGCCAUCCAGCUGGAUCCUAACCUCGUGUACGCUUAUUCGCUCAUUGGCCAUGAACUCGUAUCAAUGGAGAAGUAUGAGAAGGCAAUCGAGAUGUUUCAAGCAGCGAUUGACCUAGAUCCGCGGCAGUACAAUGCCUGGUGGGGCCUCGGUGAUGUCUUCCAACGGCAGGAGGACUUUGCCCAAGCCAAGUACAACUUUCUCCGUGCUCUUGACAUUAAUCCGUCUAACCAGGUGCUGAAGAUUUCACUUGGCACAGUGUUGCAAGAGAUGGGCCAAGCCAAUGAAGCCCUUCAGCUACUGUCCUCUGCCGGUGGGGCCAGCGUCAGCAGCAGUCGAGCUUUAGCGUUUCUGCAGAAGGGCCGCUUGCUGUGCCUUGAAGCGCGACAUAGCGAAGCUGUUGAGGAGUUGCGAAGGGCGUGCUACUUGGCACCCAAGGAACCAGGCAUUCAUUUCCAUCUUGGCUGUGCAUGCCGAAGCCUGGGCGAUAGCGUGGCAGCUUUGAAGCACUUCACCUUCGCCUUAGAUUUGGCCAACGAUCGUCACUUGACAGAUGCUACACGGAAAGAGCUGCGUGAGCUGCGUGGACAGAGUGCGUAGCAGCGUAGCUUUGUGCAGGCGAUGUGGAACUCUUGCAGGGGACGUGCCAAAAUGGUGCAGCUUUUUGCGAGGUUCGAAGUAUUUGAAGCUUAACAAUGCUUAAUAAAUCUUAAUAUGCAUCAUGCACGAUGCAGAACACGGUUUGGGAAAUGGACAGAUCCCAAGGGUUGGAGCUGUGCGAGUCGAAUCAAAAUUGCUUGGUACUGUCCAUCCCAAACCCGAGACAAUGACCGUAUGUGCACGUGAACGUUUCGCCCAAAUCCUUGCAACAGCCCAGCUCAGCAAGGUUAAAAAUGCGUUGCACCUCUGAGACGUGGCGCAUGGAAUCGCAUGGAUCGCAUGGUGCACACAACAGCU